AUGUCUCAGGAAAUGAAGCGCGCCUUUCCCGAGCUGAGCACCGUCCACGUCAUCCCGUGCUCGCACUUCGGCGGGCACGUGUACGCGGGUAAUGUGCUGAUCUACAGCAAACACGGCGGCGUCUGCUUUGGGUGUGUGACUCCCAACGAUGUGGAGACGAUCGUUGACGUUGUUCGCAACGACGACGGCGUCGUACCGGACGGACUGCAGGGCCGCGUGAGAGGCCGGAUGACGUCUGGCACACCCGACGCCUCUCUAUCCCACAAGGAACGCUAA